AUGCACCAAGUUCUAAAUAAGCCGGAUUUCUCCAUCCAUGGACUUGUCGAUGCCAAAAAGUAUCGAAUUAACGAGUACACGCCUAAAGGCAGAGGAGGCAUUUAUGUACGGCUCUACCUUUCGGGAAAAAACGCCACUUUCUGGACUCCGGGGAAAAAUCAUCUAUAUUUCGGCCAUACGAUCGAGUUCUGCUCACGCUACACCUCUCAUCAGACAAAGAGUACUGCAAAACAUAGUCUUCUCAAAGAAACGGCCGAGAGAAUGAUUAUGUUUCCAGUAGCCAUAUUUGAACACGAGAACAAGACUGUCUAUUUGCUGAUUGAGCAAAUUUUCGUCUGCUUGCUCCAGACAUGGCGGCGAGAUGUUUUUGCUAUCCGACCAGGUGGCUCUGGCGCAAAAUUGCUCGCAGAGAGGCCUACAGCCGCUGCGGCGGUCGACGCGGCACACUACUAUAAGAUGGCUAUCGACUUGGUUGCAGCUAAGACUGGUUGGCCAGGAGGGGUUCUACGUGAGAGCUUCCAGGUUCCUUUCGGUGUGAACUUCAGCUCACCACUCCAAGAAAUCGUAUUUACGGAGCGGCCACUUCUGUUACGAAAGGAUACUUGGAUAAUGAAUAAGCAAACAGGAGAGCCUUACCAGAUUGCCGAAUUCCGUCGUGCCAAGUCAAAGCUGGCAAGCUGGAGGGAACGAAAAAGCGCCACUGGGAAAUCGACCAACUUUGGUACGCAUGUUUUCUCGGGUGCGUCCCUCAAAGAUGGAGGCUCCUUUUCAUUCGAGAUGUUCUGUACCGAGACGCCGAAUGGCAUCAAUGGACCUCUUCCGGGAAGUCGAUUUUAUGUUACGAUCGAUGUUCGACUGGAUUGGAAACCCCACUCGAAGUCCUGGGCUUGCCUGCCUGAAAUCGGGCCAUACGAAGAUUGGGACCGCGCAAAUAGCUGGGCUAUUCGCGCGAAUUGGGAGCAUCCCCCUGCUUCUGGCCAGUGGAGACACCGGUGGAUUCAGUAUUUCACUCCGAGUGUUCUCAUCGCAACAAAUGUGCCUGGUGGGUUCAAUGCGUAUGCCCAAGGCAUACGUAUGAUCCAUUGGUUAUUCGGAGAAACUCCAACCCACAAACAUAGUUGGAUACCGGAUGCCUAUGGUGCGGCCUUUGUCAAGCAGAUGAAGUGGGAUUUCCUUACCAUGACCAUCGAUUUCGCGACACCUGUUCGCCUACCGCCGCCAAUCUCAGCUGCAAGGCGAUCCGCUGCUUCCAUAAAGGCACAAAUGAAGCAGCCGCAAUACUUACUCGAAGGUGUCGAUGGGCCUUUCCAAGAAAAGGUCGGGCAUCGUGGCAUCGUUUGCGACACUUGCAGACUGAUGGCAUUUGACAAUACCCCAUGUAUCCAGGUCGCUGAUAGACGAGUCUGCAAGAAUUGUCUCGAGAUAUACGGAAGACCAUGUUGUUCGUGGACACCUACGCUGAGGAACAGGUCAACACAAGAAGACAAAAUGUCUCCCGACCAGAUUGUUCAACGAAAUACCAUCCGAUCGGCACUGAUCUGUCGACCUGCCGCCCCACGCGAUAGUACCCCCAUCAGCACGAGAAUUCGAUUCAUAGCUGACAGGCCCGCUCAGGACUCGCUCAUGGCAGAUGAGGAUGAAGUUCCUCGAUUUGAGAUCCCAGAUUCAGAGGACGACGAGUCUGAUCUAGAUUGA